CAACUUUCGUGGGACACAAAGAUCAGUUAGCGAUUAUUUCAAGCGUUAAUCGACAAUCUAUUUCUAAAAACUUGAGUUUUCCCUCCAUUCUCCAAACUUUGGAAUUGAAGGAAUGGGGCUUCUGAGUAUCAUUCGCAAAAUCAAGAGGAAAGAGAGAGAAAUGCGAAUUCUCAUGGUGGGGCUCGAUAAUUCCGGAAAAACCACCAUCGUUCUCAAAAUCAAUGGAGAAGAUACUAGCGUUAUUAGUCCUACCUUGGGAUUCAACAUCAAAACCAUUUCCUAUCAAAAGUAUACUCUGAAUAUAUGGGAUGUGGGUGGCCAAAAAACAAUUAGGGCUUACUGGAGAAACUAUUUUGAGCAGACUGAUGGAUUGAUCUGGGUUGUUGACAGUUCUGACAUUAGACGAUUGGAUGAUUGCAGGGAUGAGUUGCAUAAUCUUCUCAAAGAAGAGAGGUUAUCAGGAGCAUCCUUGUUGAUACUCGCCAAUAAGCAGGAUAUUCAAAGUGCUCUUUCUCCUGCUGAAGUUGCCAAAGUACUCAACUUGGAAGCUAUGGACAAGACACGGCACUGGGAAAUUGUGGGCUGUAGUGCAUACACUGGAGAAGGUCUGCUGGAGGGAUUUGAUUGGUUGGUUCAGGAUAUCGCCUCUAGGAUUUAUAUGCUUGACUGAUGCACCUUUGUUUUGCCUGAAGAAUUCUAUCAAAUACAUAAAUUGGCAGUCAAGAAUUUUUCAAACCUAUUGUACCAUUUAUGGUUUGCGUUUUAUAUUGUAUACAUGACGCUACUUACAUUCUUUUACUUCACAUGACCUGUAGUACUCAAGGGCUUGAUUGCUACGAUUGCGAAAACGCACGUGUAAAGGGAAGAACAGUACAGGAUCAAGGUUGAGUCUAAGGUCCAGCUAACUCAGUUUGAGUAGCUUUCAAGUUAUUACGUCUCAGGAUCAAUGAUCAUGUUUGUACUUGUAUAAGUUUGCUUAUUCAAUUUGUGUUUAGCUGUUUUGGAAAUCAUUCGUAUGAUCAAGUAUUGACCUUGCUUUAGCAUACCUCCGUUUAAAAUGGAUGGGGAAAAUGCAACACUUAAAGAAAAAAAAAGAUUAUAGAUGGCAUGUAAAUUGCUCAGCAUUGGCAGGUUUGGCAAGAGGUUAAAAUGGGAGGUUCAUCAUUAAUAAAGCCUACAAGCUAAUGUAUUUAUUAUGU